CAAUCCAUCCUGGGGGUGGGGGAUGGGGGUGUCUGUGGGGGAAGAGCUUCUGGGUGCGGGGACUCCCCCUUUAAUAACCCGGCACCCCCUUCCCACAAUCCAACACCCCCAGCCCAAUUCUACAACACCCCAAAGCCUUCUAUAGGCCUGCUGCACGCAUUCACCGGCGAGAAUCUCCCCACCUGGAUAUUCUUUUCCCUUCUUCCUCCUCGAGCGUGGCUGGAUUUCUGAUCAAUUUACUUUCCCCCCGGGGGGGAUAUUUUCCUAUCGGUUUCCUUCAAAUCAAACCCUGCCUUUCGCCUUCUCCCCCCGCCCGCCUGAGCGUUUUGUAAUAAAUAUUACGAUUUCCCCCUUCCCACUGUUCCACCCCCAAAAGAGCUCCACAGGCUAUUACCCAGUUUGGGGAGAGGGAUUCCUCCCCGCUGCCCACACAUCUGUCAGCUUGGAUCGGUGGCAUUUCCCCGCUGAUCUGUGCCCGGGCGCCUUACCACCUGAGGUCUGCCGUCUUCUGCCAUUUCUGCCGCGCUCCCUCCUCCAGCCCAGCCGCUCGUUUUUUCCAUCUCCUCUUCCACUGACAUCUUCUGCCACUGGCUCCCAAUUUUGUCCCCUCCUUUUUCAUCCCCCCACCCCCCACCCCACUAGGUUGCAUACUAUUCCCACCUGAUCUCUCCAUUUGGAAUCUACCUCUUGUUGUGUGUGUGUUUUUGGUGCCUCUCUCCCCCCCCACCCCACCCCACCUCCCCCAUGCUGAUACAUCUCAACAGCCCGUCUUCGUUUUUCCGGCUCCCAUUUCCAUCUGUUUUCCCCCUGCCGCUGGGCUGUUCUGCCUCUGGAUCAUGACCCGUGGUAUUCCCAGCUGAGAUUUCUCCCUGUCUAUGCGCUCGCUUCUGGCUUGGGUGUGUCAUCUUAUCUUGCUUUUAUCCGAGGCGUGUGCCUUCUUUAUUUUUCUCCUCUGGAAUAAACACACGGUUGUUUCCUUCGCUCUGUGCCAUGUGGCCUCCUUUGGCAGCCCUCCCAUUUCUGCUCCACCCUUGGAGGAAGAUCUCUAGUUCUUGUGGACACCUAGAUGUUCUCUGAACUGCACCUGAUGAGCCCAGGUGGGCACCAGAGGGGGGAAACAAGACGAGGGCCUAUCGCCUUGCCUGUCACUGCGGAUUUCUGGCGCCUCCGUUCGUCCGGGGCUUGAGAACCCCAAGUCCAGCCGGAAAACUGAAACAGAGGAACCCUCAGAGACCCACCACCGACCAAUGCCACCCUCACUGCCCAGUUCAUGUCCAGUUGAAGCUGGAGGACAGCGUGCAUCGACUGUUGUGCACCCCAGUGGUCUUUUCGCUGUAAGACACCAAGGAGUCACGUUGUGAUCACUCUGUGAUUCUGAGACCACCAUAUGCCUGUAAACAGAGCGCCUCUCGGCCUCCUCCUGCCUAUAACCACGAGAAGACUUUCUUCUCAGCUUUCAAUCUAACCAGCGGAACACCGUACAAACCUGAAAACAGACACAUGAAUGCUCGAACCCAGAGAACAACACCUGUUGCCACAGAACUUGAGGAGCGCUCCAGUCUACUCCCAAGAGGCCUCGAGGAACCCGACCAUGUUUGGUGCUACAGAAAAUCCCAAUGGUCCCUCUUGGUCUAGUGCCAUCCUACGACUGCAGUCGAGAAACAAAUUCUCCCUCUGACUUGAAAUACCUGUAGCUCCACCACAUUAUCCGUACGCUCAAAGGACAUCCGGGCAGGCUUUUCCGUAUACCUCCGGCCUCCAAAGCACUGUGGGCCACUCGCUAGAGAUCUUUUGACUCUCGACAGCCAGUUGUAACAUACCCACAGCCCGAGACUUCCUGCAGAAGCAGUAGGACUUGGAACUCUGGCGUAGGGGUACUGACCUCCAGUCUGGCCGAUCUCAUCCUUGGAAACGUUCUUCCGAGAGUUGCGGACAAACCCAGAGCGUUAUCCCCAAAUAACCAGAGAUUUCUGAGCGUUUGUAUGUGUGUAGCAUGAAGAGUGUAAACUUUAAUAUAAAUGUAGCUUUAAUGCAUGCCGAUAAACACGAGCUGUUGGCCUUGAUCCAUUUAUAGGUUCAUUCUGUUCCAGGAAACCACGGAAGUGCGUUGAACCUGUUUCCCAGAAGCUGCCAAGUCUCGAUCAGCCGGUCGUUCCUUACGUGCCCUGGGCCCUGUAGGCGGACAACUGUCGCUAGAGCCCUCUAGGCCCAGGAGAAGACAGAAGAAAGCUGAAUGCUUGGCUCUGGAGUCAGUGUGGUGAAAGGCAAGCCGUUCCUCUGUGUGUGACUCUGCCAUGUAGAGGCCGCCCGGAGGGGGAACGGAGAUGCGUGCAGGGACUCGUGGGUAACUGGAGCCCGACUGACCGGGGAGAAACGUUACAUGAAUGUCCAGCGGAGGCAGGUUCGAGUUUGACGAUGGCGGCUGCUAUGUGGGUGACUGGGAGGAGGGCCGGGCGCACGGCUUCGGGGUAUGUACGGGCCCCGGAGCCCAGGGGGAGUACAGCGGGCGCUGGAGCCGCGGCUUCGAGUCACUGGGCGUCUACACCUGGCCCAGCGGCAACACCUACCAAGGUCACUGGAGUCAAGGCAAGCGCAGCGGACUGGGCGUGGAGCGGAAGAGCAAAUGGAACUACAAAGGGGAGUGGAGCCACGGGCUGAAAGGGCGCCUGGGCGUCUGGGAGAGCCACUCGGGAGUGACCUACGAAGGCAUGUGGCGCGAGGGCCUGCAGGAUGGUUACGGCAUGGAGACGUACGCUGACGGAGGUACCUACCAGGGCCAGUGGCAAUCUGGCAAACGUCAUGGAUACGGCGUGCGCCAGAGCGUCCCUUACCGCCAGGCGGCCCUGGUGCGCUCCCCGCGCCGCACCUCUUUGGAGUCUCUCCACAGCGAGACUGAUCCCAAUGCUCCCCCGCCGCCCCUCCCUCCGCCUCCUCUUCCCCCUCCGCCUCUGCCAGGGGACAGUCCGGCCUCAGGAUCUAGGGGGGGUUUUGUCCUGGCCUUCCCCGGAGACCCAGACUUCCCUAAGGGAGCCAAGAAGAAGUCAGGGGGCUUUUUCCGGCGUUCUCUGCUCCUCAGUGGGCUGAGGGUGCGGAGGGCCGAGUCGAAGGCCUCCUUGGGGAGCAAGCGGGGGUCUCUCAAGAGCGAGGCGGGGGUCAGCUCGGCCGGGAGCGAGGCCACCACCCUCAGCUUUGCCGAGACGGAACCGGAGCUGCCUUCUUCCCUGACCAUUGAGGGCUCUUCCACCGAGGUCUACGCCGGAGAGUGGCGGGCUGACCGGCGCAGCGGCUAUGGGGUGAGCCGCCGCUCCAACGGGCUGCGUUACGAGGGGGAAUGGCUAGGCAACCGCCGGCACGGCUACGGGCGCACCACCUACCCCGACGGUUCCAAGGAAGAGGGCAAAUACAAGCUCAACCGUUUGGUGAGCGGCAAGAUGAAGAACCUGAUACCGCUUCGUCGGAGUAAGGUCAAGGAGAAGGUGGACCGAGCCGUGGAAGUGGCUCGGAGGGCCGUCAGCAUGGCGCGGCAGAAGCAGGAGGUGGCCAUCGCCAGGGCUGCCGACGCUCGUCUGAAGGCUGCUGCUGCGCUCGGUGCCGCUGAGAAGGCCCUGGAAGCCGCCCGCCUGGCCAAAAUUUUGGCCCAGGAAUUGCAGCCCAUCUUGACCGAACCAGAUGCUCGCGCCCGGUUGGAUUCGGAAGGCACCGACACAGACUUCCAGGAGGAAUACGACAGCCCCCAGGUCUACGAGAACGGCAUCACCCCUUCUGACGUUACCCCCGACCCAAGCCUCCCGCCCAGCUACCCUCCUACGCCUCUGCAGCCCUGGCGGGGAGACCCCCGGCGGACUUGGCCCCCCUUGGAGAACGGGGGUCCCCGUCAGCUCCUCUCCGAGGCCUCCGACCCUGAGGAUGAGUGGGGCUGCCGCCACGGCAGCUUCCCGACUCGGACACCGGGAUUUGCCCCCGAGGGGCUUUGGGAGGGGGAGGAGGAGUCGGAGCAGCUCAGUAGCUACGAAGCUGAAGACGGGGGCUACGCGGGGGUCCCGCGGCACCCUCAGAUGGGCAGCCCUGCCAGCGGCAGCUCCGGCAGCCUCCGAGAGGAGGAGGAGGAAGAAGAGGAGGAAGAGGAGGACGAAGCGGGGACUGCCAGGCCUUACCCUGGAGAGACCCUGGCGGAACCUGCACUGGUGGGCAUUCCUGGGGACCCAGAACUAGAGAGCGAGGAUCUGCCUGGGGGUGCCGGGGCCUCUGUGGUAGACCGAAGAGAGGCCUUCGGAGCUUUGUGGAGGAGGGAGAGACAGGGAGCAAGUCCAUUGGUUAUUGCUGCUGUCCUAUUGAUUGACGUGAGUCUGGCGUACCUGUUCUCUCUUCUCCUCACUUGAGAGGGGUCUCUUUGGACCCUGUUUGCUCCUCCCCGGCUCCCCACAGUCCCGCAACAGCGGUUGGUAACAGACUCUUUUCCAUCCUCUGCCUUCCUCCAGCCCCCCCUCUCUUUUUUCACGUCUUUAAACCCACCCACCCCGCUCUGACCUUUAACCUUUCUAGAUUGUUUACAUAUGAAGGGCUCUCUUUCUACCAGAGAUUUCUCUGUUUUUCUUGCUAUUUCUCCAAUACGACAACGAUCUCCCGCCCUGACUCACCUGUCCGGGUCUUUUCAUCCGUCUUCGUUAAUCAGACUGUUCUCAUUGAACCUUUUAACAACUCUGGGGGGAUUUUUGAUGGGGGUGGGGGAGAGACGUAGACAUGGAGUAAUAUAUAGGGAUGAGCUUUAGCUUGGUGGGGUUUUUAUUUCUGUUGGGGUCACCGACUGUAGGGACUUGUGGCCAGCCUGGCCGCCCUGAAGUCCCCCUCCCCGACUCUUUGUCCUUAAGGGGGUCAAUUCCACAUACAUACACACACGCACACCCCAAUUCUCCUCCACUCUGAGGAUUCUUUUCUUUCUAAGGAGGACACACUUUGCCAAGGAAGUGCUUGAGUUGCCAGCCUCCAGGUGAGGCCUGGAGAUCUCUGGAAUUACAGUUGAUCCACAGAUGACAGAGAGAUCCGUUCCACAGAAGAAAAGGGCUGCUUUGGCCGGCAGCCUGUUGCAUUAGACUUUGCUUUUCCCUCUCUAAACUCCACCUGUCAAAUAUCCAGGGAUUUCCCAGCUGGGAGUUAUCAGAUCUCAAAAGUCCUCCCCCCCCCCAACCAUUCCAGUACACGUGAGUUUAUUCCCCCACUCCCUCCCCUAAAAGUCUGAAGUGGGGAUAACAAUUUCCUUUCAGAAAGGGGGUGUCACCAAUUCCUAUCUGUUUCCUUUUCUAUCUAUUUCCCUUUCCCUUUUCUAACAGUAGGCGGCGCUGUGCAGCCCUGGGGCAGAGAGGGACGGGACACCUGCCCCAACAGGGGGGCUCCGUUAAAGAGUCUGCAAAAUUGGGGUUAGAUUCAAAGGAGAGGCUAAAGGGGCCCUCUCCUUUCCUGCAUCCCCCUCCCCCCCCCCAAUCUUUCUUCCUCUCUCUUGGCCGCUCCCAUUCCCUGGAGGGAAUUGGAAUCUUCUUUUCGAACAAACAAAAAGAAGGGGGGGGAGUUACUUUUUAUUUACGCUUUUAUAAACCUUUUUCUCGCAGCAUUUGAAUAAUUUAAAAACCUCUAUAAACUAAUGAGAGGGUGAAAGGGCGAUUCCUGCCGCUUGGAAGAAGGGGGUUUCGUUAACGGGGACCGUGCCAUCCCC